CUGGCGUCUCUUGCCGCCUCUUCUCCCUUUGCUCUUCGAAGCCCGUCGUGCCUCAUGAAGCCGGUGGUUGUGUUCGUCCUCGGCGGGCCCGGCGCCGGCAAGGGGACCCAGUGUGCUCGCAUUGUGGCGAAAUAUGGUUACACCCACCUUUCUGCAGGUGACCUCCUUCGGGAUGAGAGGAAGAGACCAGGGUCUCAGUAUGGAGAGCUCAUUGAAAGUUAUAUUAAAGAUGGGAAAAUUGUACCUGUUGAAAUAACAAUCAGUUUGCUAAAAAGGGUUAUGGAUGAAACCAUGGCAGGAAAUGCACAGAAGAAUAAAUUCUUAAUUGAUGGAUUUCCCAGGAAUGAAGAUAACCUUCAGGGCUGGAACAAAACAAUGGAUGGAAAAGCAGAUGUAUCUUUUGUUCUUUUUUUUGACUGCAAUAAUGAGAUCUGUAUUAAUCGCUGCCUUGAAAGAGGGAAGAGCAGUGGCAGAAGUGAUGACAACAGAGAGAGUUUGGAGAAGAGAAUUCACACAUAUCUAGAGUCUACAAGGCCCAUAAUAGACUUAUAUGAGAAAAUGGGCAAAGUCAGGAAAGUGGAUGCCUCCAAAUCAGUUGAUGAAGUUUUUGCUGAAGUUUUGAGCAUCUUUGAUAAAGAAGGCUAGUUCUGUACUUGAACCUUUUCCAAACAUGCUUGAAUCUUGCUUUAAGAGCUGCUACAAUAGUCCAUUUUUGUAAUGACUGUAAAAUAUGCCUUUUUAAACAACUUGU